AUGUUGAAAAACAGUUCUCCUAACAUCCCAAAAACCUAUAUCCAGCUUCACACCACAAAACCUGUAUCCAUCCCAAGAUCCCUUAACCAAUUAAAUGCAAAAAUUGCCCUUGAAUCCAUUCUAUCAACCAAAGAAAAAGAAGCCAUGAAAAAACCAUCUGCCCAAAAAUUUGCCGAAUUAUUGGAUAGCCUCAUUUCAUACACCGAAGUCCAUUCCUUGAUGGGCUUUUACCCAGUAGCCAGACGCCCAGGUCCUAAAGCCGUUUUCUUAGCCGACUUAUCAGAUCCUAUGACUUUAUGGGAUUAUUUUAUUCAUGGAUUCAUCGACACCAUCUAUCUAGAAGGCACCAAUUUACAUUGCAUCAACGAGUUCCCUUUUGCUGUGCAAACUAUCAUUAGAAAUUAUAAAAUACAAUUUGCAAAAUAG